AUGAGGAAACAGCCAAGACUAUCUCGAAUCCUCAUUCUUCAGAGAUCCCUGUGUGUCUACCCCUAUGCGUCCUCGGGCGCUGGGUGUCGGGUGUUCUGUUUGUGCGCCGCUCUCCGGCCGCCGCGGGAACAUGGAGACGCUAAAGGCCGUGGCAAUGGACCAGUGAAAGUUACUGGAAGAAUCAGUGGCUUGACUGAUGGACAGCAUGGCUUCCAUGUCCAUGAAUUUGGGGACAACACAAAUGGGUGUACCAGUGCAGGUCCUCACUUCAAUCCUGAAGGCAAGCAGCAUGGUGGACCAAGUGAUGCAGAAAGGCACGUGGGAGACCUUGGCAAUGUGAUGGCUGAAGGAGGAGUGGCGGAAGUGGAAAUGGAAGACUGCAUCAUUUCUCUCAGCGGACCACACAGCAUCAUUGGACGUACCAUGGUGGUCCAUGAAAAAUGCGAUGACCUGGGUAGAGGGGGAGAUAAUGAGAGCAAAUUAACUGGAAAUGCUGGACCUCGUUUAGCUUGUGGUGUAAUUGGAAUAGCGAAGAGCUAAGUAUUGUACCUGAAAUGCUUGAGAUGACAGUGAUAAGUGGGCUGUAUUUCAUUGCAAAUGCUGUACUUGCCCUUCCUUGUGCAAGCAAAAGAUUUACCACUUAAUCUCACUACUACUCUGCAUUCUCAGUAUCACUUAAACUGGUGGAGACUGACAAUUUUGUAUGAUGUAUAUUGUAAUUAAAGUGACCCUGAUGGGAUGUCUCUGUAGUAUUCUGCUAAAGCAUCUGCUGUAACCAUUAAAUAUAAUCUUCAGUAACUGGAA